CUCGAAAAGGUUGCAGAUAGAAGAGGUGGCAGAGUGUGGAUAUGCUGCUCAAUCUCCCGCCCGAGGUCCUGACCUUCCAUCUCUGUCGGUUUCUCGACCCGUAUGCUCUGGUGGCUCUCUCGCGGACAUGCCGUGGUCUGCGGUCGUGGGCGGCGUCGUCGCGGGGUCUGUGUCUCAAGCGGCUCUCUGGUGGGGCGACUGGUCUCUCCUACUCAUGUGCUGCUGCAGAUCCGGCUUCCGUUGUCCACGUUGACCGCGCAGCCCGUGGGACUGUCCUCAUGCGCGCGGCUAUCGCUUCGCUCACCGCCGACGAUGCGCUCGCCGGCCCGCGCCCGCUUGUGGCCGAUGGCGUCGUCCGCACGCCCAAGCAGCCGCUCUUUCCCACCUACGCCCCGCAUCUGUUCCACAAUCCGGAAGCACGACUCUCGCUCGCCUUUAAGCAUGUGUCCGACAUGACGGUUGCAGGCCGUUACGACGUGUACGACGUUGUGGGCGAUUCGGGCGUGGUGGCCUCGGUCGCGGUCGGCGCAAGAUCAGUCCGCAACAAGUACGGGUGCAUGAUCCGGAGACAAGAGUCGGCCUUUGGUGCGUUUGUCACCGCUACCCAUGUCAUUGUCGUCUGUGCCUCGUACGGCAUCGCCGCCGUCCUGCCGUACACCGCCGGCGCAACUGCAGCCGACUACGACGGCGACGAAGUGCAGUACGUCAAGCUUGCGGCUGCAUCGCCGUCGGCCAUAGCUGUCGCCGGCCGUUACCUCGCGCUCGGCUUUGCCAACGGUGUUGUCCAAGUCAUCGACACUGAUCCCGAAUCGCCGGCCUUCUUUGCGGAUGCCACCACACGCGCCUCGUGGCCGCUCUUCCCCAAGGGCAACCCAGUCACCAACCUUGUCUUUUCCAGCGAUGGCACCGAAGUCUUUGCCGCGUGCCCCAACGUUGGUGCUCGCCGCAUCCCCCUCGCGGCCUUUCCGGUCCUCAUCUGCUCGGCGCUCACCGGCCGCCAAAAGGCGCAAGCACGUGCCAUGCAGACGAGCUACCCGUUGCCGCGAGCCAUCGCAGGCUUGAUCGUCCUCCCGACCUCUGUCGUGCUCUACGAUCAUGCCAAGGCCAGCCUUGUCGUUUUCGAUGUCGAGACUGGAGGCGUUAAGCGGCGCCACAAGGUGCCGCACGCUGCUGGUCUCGAGCUGCGCAGCCUUACGUUUGACAUCGACACGCGCCGGCUUGACCUUGUCGCCCGGACCGCAAUCCUCAGCGCAACCCUAGUCCCUGCGCAUCAGCAGCCGACCGACGAAUCUGAGGUCUUGGAGCCAGGAUUGUCGGAUCCGAAUCCAGAUCCCGAGCCGGUAGCUGCUGGGCCGAGCCGCAAGCGGCGGCGCGACGAUGCCGACGCCGACGAUGACACGAAUGGGUCGCGGCCGACCAAGGCCCGCGACGGAUCCCCGCGGGCGCUCGACGGCGUGAUUUGCUGCCUCUCCAGCGUCUCGGAGCGCAAGGCUGUUCUCCAAACCGCCAUUGUUGAGGCUGGCGGUCGAGUCACGGACCGAGUCACCGCCGGUGUCGAUCUGCUCAUCACCGACAGUGGCGCGGAGACCGCAAAGGCCCGCAAGGCAAACCAGCUCGGCAUCGAGCGCCUCACCUCGGUCCAGCUCCGUGACCGCAUCGCCAGCUUUGACCCAUCACAGCAGGCAUGA